AUGGAUCAAGCCAAAGCCCCCCUCGACGGAAGCCGGCUCGACGUGACGGACCAGGCCACCCGCGACGCCGACGACCUCGCCGCCCUCGGUCACACCCAGUCGCUGUCGCGCAAGUUUUCCAUAUGGAGCAUGUUCGCCCUCGCCUUCUGCGUGCUCGGCACGUGGUCCACCAUGGCCCAGGGGCUCAGCAACGGCCUCACCAACGGCGGGCCCGUCGCCAUCCUCUGGGGGCUCUGCCUCGUCACCUUCUGCAACACUUGCGUCGCCCUCUCGCUCGGCGAGAUGUGCAGCAGCAUGCCCACCGCCCUCGGCCAGGCCUACUGGAUCUCCCAGCUGUGGGGCACGCCGGCCGGCCGGUUCGCCUCCUACAUGUGCGCCUGGACCAACACGUUCGGCUGGUGGACCUUGACCGCCUCCCAGAUCGCCUUCAUGACCAAUUUCAUCCUCGCCAUGAAGGUCAUGUUUGACGAGCAGUGGACCGGCGCCUCGACCGGCUGGGUGCAGUUCCUCCUCUACAUCGCCAUGACCGUCGCCUGCACCCUCUUCAACCUCGUCGCCUGCCGCAAGGACGCCGUCCUGCCCAUCUUCAACAAGUUUGUCGGCAUCUGGUUCGUCGCCCUCUUCUUCGCCAUCGGACUCGCCCUCCCCAUCUCCGUCGGCACGAACCCCGACCUGUCCUUCCAGAAGGCCUCGUUCGUCUUCGGCCAGUGGCUCAACGGCUCCGGCUGGCCCGACGGCGUCACCUGGUUCCUCGGCCUCGUCCAGAGCGCCUACGGCCUGACGGCCUUUGACUCGGUCAUCCACAUGGUCGAGGAGAUCCCCGCGCCCCGCCGCAACGCCCCGCGGACCAUGUACCUCGCCGUCCUCUUCGGCGCCCUCUCCGGCUUCCUCUUCAUGGUCGUCUGCCUCUUCUGCAUCCAGGAUCUCGAGAGGCUGCUCAGCCCGCCGACGGGCGCCCCCUUCAUCGAGAUCACGCUGUCGACGGUCGGCCUCACCGGCGCCUCGGUCCUCAUCGGCCUCUUCGUCUUCAACGGCAUCGGCCAGGGCAUCAGCAUCCUGACGUCGGCCUCGCGCCUGACCUGGAGCUUCGCCCGCGACGGCGGCAUCCCCUUCUCCCGCUACUUUGCCCACGUCGACGAGAAGUGGAAGGUUCCCGCCCGCGCCCUGUGGCUCCAGGCCGCCAUCAUCGCCCUCGUCGGCGUCCUCUACCUCUUCGCCAACACGGUCCUGCAGGCCAUCCUGAGCGUCAGCACCAUCGCCCUGACCAUUUCGUACGCCAUGCCCAUCAUCGUCCUCAACUUUGUCGGCCGCGACAAGCUGCCGCGAGGCGAGUUCAGCCUCGGCCGCCUCGGCCCCGUCGUCAACUGGAUCUCCAUCGUCUACUGCCUCGUCACCACCGUCUUCUUCUUCUUCCCCACGACGCCGAACCCGAGCGUCAGCAACAUGAACUACGCCAUCGCCGUCUUUGGCGUCAUGACCGUCGUCUCCGUCGGCUUCUGGGUCGCCCAGGGCCGUCGCACCUACAUGGAGGUGACCGACCUGGCGAACCCCAUCCUCUACGCCGAAACCAUCGAGCCGGAGAGGAGCGUGUCGCCGCAGGAGCGCCGAUCCAGCUCCGUCAACAAGUAG